AGAAUCAUUCGAUUCUGGCACUGUUUGUUGUAUUAAAAUCGUACCUUUGUUGCUUCAAAAGAUCGUAACAUUCAAGCAAAAUGCCCUCGGAACUCAGCACGACCAAGGUAAUCGUCCAUCCGCUGGUGCUGCUCAGCGUGGUGGACCACUUUAACCGGAUGGGCAAGAUCGGUAACCAGAAGCGCGUUGUCGGUGUGUUGCUCGGUUGCUGGCGUGCGAAAGGUGUUUUGGACGUGUCCAACAGCUUUGCAGUUCCUUUCGAUGAGGACGACAAAGACAAAUCGGUCUGGUUCCUCGACCAUGACUACCUGGAGAACAUGUACGGUAUGUUUAAGAAGGUGAACGCUCGCGAACGUGUCGUUGGCUGGUACCACACCGGGCCUAAACUCUGCCAAAACGAUAUCGCCAUCAAUGAGCUGAUCAGACGCUACUGUCCCAACUCGGUGCUGGUCAUCAUCGAUGCGAAGCCGAAAGAUUUGGGACUACCAACGGAAGCAUACAUUGCGGUAGAGGAGGUGCACGACGAUGGUUCGCCCACGUCCAAAACGUUCGAACACGUACCGAGCGAGAUUGGAGCCGAAGAGGCGGAGGAGGUCGGUGUCGAACAUUUGCUGCGUGACAUCAAGGAUACGACGGUAGGCAGUCUGUCGCAAAAGAUCACGAACCAGCUGCUGGGUUUGAAGGGCUUGAAUGCACAGCUGCGCGACAUUAAACACUAUCUACUGAAGGUUGGCAAUGGGCAGCUACCGAUAAACCAUCAGAUCGUGUACCAGCUGCAGGAUAUACUGAAUCUCCUACCGGACAUUGCGCAGGAAAACUUUACCGAUACGCUGUACGUGAAGACGAACGAUCAGAUGCUGGUGGUGUAUCUCGCAUCGUUGGUACGCUCCAUCAUUGCGCUGCACAAUCUGAUCAACAAUAAGCUCACGAAUCGUGACGCUGAGGAGGGUAAAAAGAGCGACGACGCAAAGGACAAGAAGGCGCAAGAAGGCAAGGAAGGUGCCGGUGCCGGUGAGAAGGACACCAAGAGCAAGAAGGAAACCGAGAAGGAGGGCAAAAAGGAAGACUCGAAAGCUGAGAAGGGGAAGGAUGAGAAGAAAAAGUAAUACCGAUAAAUGAUGAUGAAUAGGGUUUAUAUUUUCUUGUUUAAGGAGUGCUAAAACAUUUUUUUGGUAACACA